AAGAGAGAGAAAGACAUAAAAGACAGAGCACAGGGACAGGGAAAAAGAUAGACAGAGAAACAAACAAAUUUGUGUGUGUGUGGGUGUUUUUUUUUCUUGCGAGUCCGUUUUUUCAGUUAAACAAAUAAUCGUGUAUUUUAUGGUAUUAUACGAAGGUGGAAACAGAGCACAAUCAUGGUGUCGGACCAAGAGAUAGCAAGAGGGGUGGAGAUUCUUCUCCGGCAGUCGGACCCUAACGCCGUUACCACCUUAAACGGCGUUGUUCAGCAGUUGGAGGCUAAGCUUGGGCUCGACCUUUCUCAUAAAGCUGGUUUUAUCAGAGAUCAUAUCAGUCUUCUCCUCCGCUCUCACCCUACUACUCCGAAGGACCAUUUUACCCUCCAACAACAACAUACUCAGUUCCUUUCCUACCCUCACCAACAAUUUCCUGCCCGUUUUGCCCCUCAACACCACCACUACAACCACCACCCUCAUUUCCCUUCCCACGACCUUAGCUUCCGUCAACACCCUCAGUCGCAUUCACGUGCUCCGUUUACGGCUCAACCACCGCCGCCGCCGGUUCAGCCUCAACAGCAACAGCUGCAGCCGGUUGUGACGAAGGGCCAAGUCAAUGCCACCACCGUUGCCGCCACAGAAGUGCUUAAAGAAAGUGCACCAGUUGGAACCAAAAGAAGAGGUGGACCAGGGGGUCUGAACAAAGUUUGUAGUGUUUCACCUGCACUUCAAGUGAUUGUUGGUGAGCCAGCUUUGCCAAGGACUGAGAUUGUGAAGCAGCUGUGGGCAUAUAUAAGGAAGAACAGCCUUCAAGAUCCAAGUAACAAGAGAAAGAUAAUUUGUGAUGAUGCCUUACGCAUAGUGUUCGAGACAGACUGUACGGACAUGUUCAAGAUGAACAAACUGCUAGCCAAACAUAUUACCGCAUUUGAGCCUUCGAAGGAGUCAAGUCAAAGUAAACGAGCACAAGCUGAUGCUGAGCCUAAAACCGAAAGUGUUGAACUGAGCGACAGCCCUGUUGUAAUAUCCGAAGCACUUGCCGAGUUUUUGGAUGCUGAAGGAAGAGAAAUGCAAGCAACCGAGGCUGAACGACGUGUAUGGGAGUACAUAAAGCUCAAUCAUUUGGAGGAUCCAUCAAACUCAAUGGUGGUAUUGUGUGAUGCUAAGCUUCGUGAGCUUCUUGGAUGUGAAAGCAUAUCUGUGAUGGGGAUACAUGAUUCGCUACAAUGUCAUCAUUUAUUUAAACCCUCCUGAAGAUCUGGUUAUGUCGACUGGGAGCAUGGGGAGCUUCGUCAUCUCGGUUUAAUGGUGGAACAGAUAGUUAAGACCUUUAUCCUUUAUUUAUUUAUUUUUUUGUGCAUUGACUUGUUUAGAAGCUUUACACACUAGUUGCUUGUUUAUGGUAAGAAUGAAAAUGUAGCAUGGGCAGUGAUAUAUAUUUUGUAGUUAUGCUGCUUGCCAUAGUAGCCUGUAUGUAGGUGUACUUGUUUAUGUUGUUUGAGACAGACCUAUCUUUCCGAUGCUAACCGCGAACUAAACCGAAUGAAAUACAAGUUGUUUUUAACUUUCAAAAGAA